AUGGCGCGUGUCAACGUCAAUCUACAACGGACGGUUCAAGGGACUGACUCUGUUGUCAUGAAAUUAGGGCUUCGCCCGCCAUUGGAGACACGGAACCUGAACCUUGCUACCUUCAACCUUGUGACGGUCCUCGUCGGGGCAACGACGAAAUUAUUACAUCCCCCCUUUCGUGGACAGGGAAAAACCACAAGACUGAUUUUGCGGACCUUGUCGGAGAACGGAAAGGCGAGGCUUCCCGGUCUCGCCACCAUUAGCUGGCGGUGCCUGCAUUCCUCCUACCCUUUGCCCUCCUCCACAUCGGCAGCCUCUCUACAGCUCACGGCUUCUCCUGGGCAAUCACAAUUUGCACUUGCCCUUUUGAGCAUCCACAAUUUUGUUGCCACAGCACUCAACCCUAUAGACAUCGCCCCUCGAGACAGACUUCACGUACAACCUCGCGAAAUCAGCCUCCACCAAAUUCCUCCUACACUACGCACCCAAAGCCACGGCUACAGGCACCGCAUCUUCGGCCUCUCCCCAGGAGACCACAUGUCUGCAACCACAACCAUGCCGGGCCGCACCCUUCCGGCCAUCCCGGCUGCUGAAGUACGCGCUCACAGCAGCAAGGAGUCCUGCUAUGUUACCAUCGGUACCAAAGUCUACAAUGUCACCGACUUUCUCGAAAGCCAUCCCGGCGGUCCAGAAUUCAUCUUGGAGUAUGGUGGAAAGGAUAUCGAGGCCAUUUUGAAGGAUGAGCAGUCGCAUACCCAUUCCGAUGCUGCCUACGAGAUUCUGGACGAGAGUCUCAUCGGCUUCAUGGCUACGGAGCCAGUCAUGAAUGGGGCCGUGAAGAGCGCCAAACCCGCGGACAGCUUGCCUUUGCCACCCACGGAGGUGGGCACCAUUGAGCUCACGGGCAAGCCAUUGUACGUUGCCACAGGCAUGUCAUCGGAGGAGGAUCUUUCCAAAGAGACGGACCCAACCAAGGAUUACAAGGAGCACAAAUUCCUCGAUCUCAACAGGCCACUCUUUAUGCAAGUCUGGAAUGGCGGCUUCGAAAAGGACUUUUAUCUAGAGCAAGUCCACAGACCGCGCCACUACAAAGGCGGUGACUCUGCACCUCUUUUUGGAAACUUCCUCGAGCCUCUCAGCAAGACACCGUGGUGGGUGGUGCCAACACUGUGGUGGCCUUGCGUUGCAUACGGGACAACAGUCGCUUUCCUCGGCCUCGGCUCUGCGCCAGCUCUGGCAGGUUACUGGACCUUUGGGCUGGGCUUCUGGACCAUUGUGGAAUACGUCCUUCAUCGAUGCUUGUUCCACUUGGACGAUCACCUGCCCAACAACCGUGUUGCGCUCACCCUCCACUUCCUUCUCCACGGCAUUCAUCACUACCUUCCCAUGGACAGAUACAGACUUGUCAUGCCACCAACCUUGUUUGUUGUUCUGGCAGCACCGUUCUGGAAGUUUGCGCACGCCGUUAUUUCCUGGAAUUGGUACGGUGCAUUGGCUGCCUAUUGUGGAGGUAUUUUUGGCUACACCUGUUACGACAUGACGCAUUACUUCCUCCACCACCAGAAGCUCCCUCCUUACUACCAACAGCUCAAGAAAUACCAUCUCAAGCACCACUUUGCUGACUAUCAAAACGGCUUUGGAGUGACCAGCCGCUUCUGGGACUGGGUGUUUGGCACCGAGUUGGAAAUGACUCCUCCCAAGGUCAUCAAGGCGACAUAA